AUGCCUUACUUAGGCCUCUUUGGGAAGACUUCCCCAGACUUGCCCCGGGCUCAGAAGCAGCGUUUGUAUCUGCGCCGUUCCGUGCACAUUGUUGUGGCCGCCCUCAACUUUCUGCAUGACUGUGGCCGUUGGGCCCCGGGCCAUCUGCUCUGGAGGGAGCCGAAUGCCGGUCAUUUGGCGUGCUACCGGCGCAUUCGCUCCUUUGUGGUUGCGUGCUUUUCCCGGAAAGAGGAGUUCCCACUCCCGCCGGGUCGUUCCGGGCCCGACUUGGUUGCCCGCCUUCUCGAACUUGAGUCUUUUGCCGGCUCCUUGGGUAGCCUUGGUUCCAGUUGUUCUGCUGACCUGCUGGCCAGCCAUGGCCCCAUCCCUAGCGUGCCUCCCUCAGCCGACCUUCCUCAACUACAACCGUUUCGGUCUUUGGACGUCUCUCGGCUGAAACUGCACGGGACCGGCGCUUGGCCUAUCGCCUCCUUCCUUGAGGGCCCUUUGUGGCUUCCGUUCCAGGAGCCCCUCAUACUGCGACAUGGCCUGCCCCUGGGCACUUACGAUCUCCCAGAUCUUCAGACAGAGGAUGCCAACGAGCAUCUCAAGCUGGCUUUGCUCUGGGACGCCCGUGGGCUUUUGCGGCUAGUGCCUCCGCUGCCACCUGAGGCUGCACUGAUCGGCGACCGCCGUCCGGCAAACCGUGCCGAGAUGCACCCCACUGGGCCUUCCCGCCUGCUGCCCCAAGGCAGCCUUCUCACUGCGUACCAGCUACCACGUCGGCGGUCCCAGCUGGUUGCAUAUAUUUCGGAUCGGCGUGAUUUCUAUCACCAAUUGGAAGUAACUGCUGCCAGGGCAGAUUGCAACCGGUUGCCAUUCGGGUAUGAAGCCUCCGCCUUCGAAGGCACCAGGGCGCUGGCGACAUGGACUGAGGAGCGGCUGUCACAGUCGCGGCACACGCGAGCUCCUGCCCGACUUGUCCCGGCUUUUGCCUCGCUCUUACAAGGCGACCAUUUAGGCGUCGAGUUUGCAUUGGAAGGGCACUCUCAACUUCUUUCGGCCUAUGAUGCUCUCGAGCCGUGGACCCGACUGCAGGGAAACUCGGUACUUCCCCAAGGCGAGGAUUGGCAAGCACUUGUGAUAGAUGAUCUCGUGAAUUUGUCGGCCGUCCCUCUCGGCAGUGACCCUGCUGCGCCAUCGCAUGCCCGACUCAUGCAUCACAGGGCUGCCAUUGCCUAUUGCGAAAAUCAGGUGCAGGGCUCUCCUGACAAGGACGUUGAGGCCGCCACCCUUUUCCAGGCAAUAGGUGCCGAGGUUGACUCCCAGCAGCCCCAGGUGAGCCGAGGGUGUGUGCCAGUUGGGGCCCCGUUGGGGCGACGUGUUGCUCUUGCUGUGCUUAGCCUACGGGCUGCCCGGCUGCCUAUCACAUCUGCACGCCUGCUGUCCCGCCUCACCGGGGCCUGGAUCUCUUGUGCCAUGUAUCGCCGCUGCCUCACCUGCAUCUUCCGCAAGACCUUUGGCCCUGAGCUGUGCUUGGCUGCCGCCCUCUCUCCUAUGUUUGCUACAAACCUGGCUGUGGAGCAACAUGAGAAGGUCUAUGCCACCGAUGCUUCCUAG